GCAAAGCUGAGCUGACAGCGCAGGCGACGCUGCUAGCAUUUCCAUUCCGUCGCCAGACUGAGACUGAAUAAAGGCGUGUUUGUGCAGUAGUGCUUCUUUUUUUAAAAAUCUCAAAGCCAAGAAGAACAAACUGAAAUCACAUCUUCAAAAAUGGAGCGUAAAAUAAUCAGAAGAGAAAAAGAAAAGGAGUAUGAAGGGAAACACAACAGCCUGGAAGACACUGAGCAAGGAAAGAACUGCAAAUCCACACUGAUGACCCUCAACGUUGGUGGAUAUUUAUACAUUACUCAAAAACAAACACUGACCAAGUACCCAGAUACUUUCCUUGAAGGUGUCGUAAAUGGGAAAAUUCUCUGCCCAUUUGAUGCUGAUGGCCAUUACUUCAUAGACAGGGAUGGGCUCCUCUUCAGGCACGUCCUAAACUUCCUACGAAAUGGAGAACUUCUACUGCCUGAAGGGUUUCGAGAAAAUCAACUUCUUGCACAAGAAGCAGAAUUCUUUCAGCUCAAGGGACUGGCAGAUGAAGUGAAAUCCAGGUGGGAAAAAGAACAGCUAACACCUAGAGAGACUACUUUCUUGGAAAUAACAGAUAACCAUGAUCGUUCACAAGGACUGAGAAUCUUCUGUAAUGCUCCUGAUUUCAUUUCAAAAAUAAAAUCUCGAAUUGUUCUGGUAUCUAAAAGCAGGCUGGAUGGAUUUCCAGAGGAGUUUUCAAUAUCAUCAAAUAUUAUUCAGUUUAAAUACUUCAUAAAGUCUGAAAAUGGCACUCGACUCGUACUAAAGGAAGACAACACCUUUGUCUGUACCUUGGAAACUCUUAAGUUUGAGGCUAUAAUGAUGGCUUUAAAGUGUGGUUUUAGACUGCUGACCAGCCUGGAUUGUUCUAAAGGGUCAAUUGUUCACAGCGAUGCACUUCAUUUUAUCAAGUAAUUACCUGUCUCAUGGACAAAGGCAACAAGCAUGCAGCCAGCAAGCUUCGGAAAACCACAGCAUCAAAGGCACCCCAAAUAGUGUGCUCAGCUAGCUCUGUACUACAGAGCCCUGCUGCUCAUCAAAUACUGUAAGCUAACGGUAUGUACAUUCUAUCACUAAAGAUGCCCUUCUCUGGGGUGCUCCUGCUGAUCAGACUUUUUCUCCUAAAAUGAAAACAGUAAUCAUCUAUAUACUGUAAAUAAAGACUGAAUGCUUUUGCUAUUUGUUUAUUUUUCCUUAUACUUUCAAUCACUAUGUCUGGGGUACUUGUAUAAAAAGCAAGCAUGUAUAUUAUCUGUAGUUCAUUUAAAUAAAUGGUAAUAAAAUAUUUUAAGGGGCUCUAAGGUUUAACAUCCUAUUUAUGGCAAAAUCUACAAAGAAACUGAACUGAUAAAAUUAACCACUGAGAGCAAAACAGAUGCGCAGCUCUCUACCUGAAA